AUGGAGGAACAACGCAGGUGCCGAAAUUUGCGGGACCAACAAAUAUUAGAUUUAGUGAACGAUUCAGAGUUCGAUUUCUCGUCGGAUGACUCCGAAGAUGACCCAACAUAUAAAAGAAACCAUAAUCGUAAUUGUUCAAGUUCACCUUCUGACGAAUUUAGCGAAAAUCAAGAUUUCUCAGAGCCAGAACGCACUGAGUCUCCAAAUAUACCAAUUCCUUCUCCUUCAUCCUCAAUUUUGGGGCGUGGGAGAGCUUCUAGAUCACGUAUCAGAGGUUCUUUGCGAGGACGAGGUGGACGAAGUAGAGGAAGACAAGGUAGAGGCAGAAGACCAGCUACAGGCUCCCGAAACUUAACGGAUGCUUGGGAAAGAGACUCGUUUGAACCAACGAUCCACCCAAUGCACAGCCCUAACUAUGUGGAACGAGACAUUUCUAGCAUGGAAUGGUAUGAUUUUUUUGAUGAUUACAUCGAUAAUGAAAUUUUAGAGACUAUGGUUAUGGCUACCAACCAGACAAACGUGCUAAAAAAAGGAAAGUAUGGAUUUUACUAUAGAGGAGCUGAAGGUAUUCUUUGGAAUUUCAUUAGUCAUGGCAGCUAUUAA